CGGUUCUGUCGCACGCAAAUGACGUCAGUAGAGACGCGCGAGCCUGUGAAGCGAAAUUCACGAAAUAAAUUGCAGCAGAGUGAAUUCGGAAAUGACGGAGAACGACGUGGACAGCGAGCUGUUAGACUACGAGGAGGAUGAGGUGGACGCGGCAGGAGGCGUCGGGGACGGAGGUCUCGUCGGGGACGGCAGCACUGUGGCCUUUAAGAAAGAGGGACUCAAAGGAUCUUACGUUUCCAUCCACUCCUCGGGGUUCAGGGACUUCCUGUUAAAGCCCGAGCUCCUCAGGGCUAUCGUGGACUGCGGCUUCGAGCAUCCGUCCGAAGUUCAGCAUGAGUGCAUUCCACAGGCCAUCCUGGGCAUGGACGUGUUGUGCCAGGCUAAGUCAGGUAUGGGGAAGACGGCCGUUUUUGUCUUGGCGACACUUCAGCAGCUCGAGCCAGUGACCGGACAGGUGUCAGUGCUGGUGAUGUGUCAUACCCGAGAACUGGCUUUCCAGAUCAGCAAGGAGUACGAGCGCUUCUCCAAGUACAUGCCUGCUGUCAAGGUGGCGGUGUUCUUUGGCGGUUUGCCCAUAAAGAAGGACGAGGAGACGCUGAAGAGAGAGAGUCCUCACAUAGUGGUGGGGACGCCCGGCCGCAUCCUGGCCCUUUCGCGCAACAAGAGUCUCAACCUGCGCCACAUCAAACACUUCAUCCUGGACGAGUGCGACAAGAUGCUGGAACAGCUCGACAUGCGACGUGACGUUCAGGAGAUUUUCCGCAUGACCCCACACGAGAAGCAGGUCAUGAUGUUCAGCGCCACCUUGAGCAAAGAAAUCCGGCCCGUCUGCCGAAAGUUCAUGCAAGACCCCAUGGAGAUCUUUGUGGACGACGAGACCAAGCUGACCCUGCACGGCCUGCAGCAGUACUACGUCAAGCUGAAGGACAACGAGAAGAACAGGAAGCUGUUCGAUCUGCUGGAUGUGCUGGAGUUCAACCAGGUGGUGAUCUUUGUGAAGUCAGUGCAGCGUUGCAUCGCUCUUGCUCAGCUGCUCGUGGAGCAGAACUUCCCCGCCAUCGCCAUCCACAGAGCAAUGCCUCAGGAGGAGAGGCUCGCUCGAUAUCAGCAGUUUAAAGACUUUCAGAGGCGCAUCCUCGUGGCCACGAACCUGUUCGGCAGAGGAAUGGACAUCGAGAGAGUCAACAUCGCCUUCAACUACGACAUGCCCGAGGAUUCAGACACGUACCUGCACAGGGUGGCCAGGGCAGGCAGGUUUGGAACGAAAGGUCUGGCCAUCACGUUCGUGUCGGACGAGAGCGAUGCCCGGACGCUGAACGACGUUCAGGACAGGUUCGAGGUGAACAUCAGCGAGCUUCCAGAGGAGAUCGACAUCUCGUCUUACAUUGAGCAGACGCGAUAAAGCGGACAUGGAGAAGACGUGUGUAGAAGAUGCCUGGGAGGAGUCUAGAGGAGCAUUUGGUAGCCUGCGUUUCACACGGACUGUUAGCGAAGAUCAGUGAGAAUGUACACCAGAGAAACUAAAUCUGUAGAUCUAGUAAUCCAGCAUUUACACGGGUUUUGAAAUGUCUCUGAUGCUUAUAUGUUUAUUUAAAAGAGAGAGGAGGAGGGAAAAAAAGGCUUUGAUUAUUUUAAGCUAUAGAACCAAGAUGUUUAAAAAAAAAAUUAUCCGUAAAGGAUUUUAUUUACCUUUUCUAAGGUUUCAUUUAUUUCCUUUGAAAUUUGUUUUCCUUUGAUUACGUUAGUGAUAUUUUUUUUAUCAUUAUUAUUAUUUUUAAUACGAGUGCAGUGCCUGUUUCAUUUUCGUUUGCAUGUCUGGGUCAAGCCACGUGAUCUCGAUCGUUACUGAAGCAUCAGUGUAAAAUAGCCGAGUAGUAAGCUGUUCCAGUAGUUAUUAAUGAAGGCAUGAUGGAUAUGGAGUUGUUAAAGAGUGUUACUGUGCCUGAUACACUAAUCUGUGUUAAUCUAUGUUUAGUGCUUAUCGAGAAAAAAAAUCACCACUACUUUGUUUGUUUAGUUACAGCUAUACUUUUAUUCUAAUAAUGUUAAACGUGUGCAAUAUUGUAUUGAGUUAACGUUAGUAUUGAAAUGCUCAACAGUGAAAGGUGCAUUAGGUACAGGUUUUCCUUUUUAUAUUUCAGAACCGGUUGCAGUUGCAAUCGCAAGUUGUCGCAAACCUACAGCAAAGUGUUAACCUGUAAGCUUUUCUUUUUAACAGAAAAAAAAGAACGACAACACUUUGUUUUUUCUUUCCUACAUAAUGCACCCUAAGGACUUUUUGGUACUUCUCAUAGCACUUACCAGUAUUCAGAGUUUCAUAAUUAAAUACAAAAAUGCAAA